AUGGAAUACCCUGUCAAUAUUCAAAAGCGCAUCAACAUAUCAGAUUAAGAAUACAAUGAUGAUUAUUAAUUAUUGAAAUAAAAUCCUCCAGGAGUGAGCUUGAAACUGAAUAUCGGAACACCAAAAAUUGAAACACCAUCGAAGUUGCCCUAUGUCGCAUUCUUAUUAUAUUAAUAUAUAAGGCAAAAAGGAAGAAUGAAAUUCUAUGAUGAUGCCAAGAAAUAUGGAUUCUUAGUUCUUGAUGAAGAUGGAACAGAUGUAUUCGUUCAUUAUGAUGAUCUUUAAGCCGCAGGAAUUAAUAUUGAAAAAAUGAAGCUAUAUAAGAUUGUGCACUAGAAUAAUCCUCAAUAUGUGAAAUUUACAAAAAAUGGAGGUCCUUAUUUUGAAUUCACACUUAUGAACUAUAUGGGGAAAUAUAAUAAGAGUAGAAAAGCCAUAGAUCUUUAAUUAUUGAAUUAAAUUUGA